CUGACCACCUCGGUGAUGUCCCAGAUUCUGACCCAUCUCGACCCUCGCGACCUGCUCAACCUAGCGAGGACGAGCAGAGAUUUUCGGGACCUUCUAAUGAGGCGCAGUUCUGCUCUGAGUUGGAAGAUAGCUCGGCAGAACGUGGAGGGCCUUCCUGCAUGCCCGCCGUUUCUGUCUGAACCGGCGUAUGCGAACCUGGUCUUCUUCAAGUAUUGUCACAACUGUCUGAAACCGACUCAGAGUGCCGUUCUCUGGGAGUUUCUUGUCCGCUAUUGCACUUCAUGCAAGAAUUCUCAGUGA